CGCCCGCCGGGCUCCCGCGGCCGCGGCGCCCCGAAGGUAAUCAUUGCCAAAUGAGGAGGAAAGGACGAUGCCAUCGAGGUUCUGCAGCGAGGCAUCCUUCUUCCCCAUGCAGUAUUAAACACUCCCCCACUCGAGAAACACUGACCUACGCACAAGCUCAAAGGAUGGUGGAGAUAGAAAUCGAAGGGCGCUUGCAUCGGAUCAGUAUUUUUGAUCCCUUGGAGAUCAUACUAGAAGAUGACCUCACUGCUCAGGAAAUGAGUGAAUGUAACAGUAAUAAGGAGAACAGCGAGAGGCCGCCUGUUUGCUUAAGAACUAAGCGUCACAAAAACAACAGAGUCAAAAAGAAAAAUGAAGUCCUGCCCAGCACCCAUGGCACACCUGCAUCAGCCAGUGCCCUUCCCGAGCCCAAGGUGCGGAUUGUGGAGUACAGUCCUCCCUCUGCACCCAGGAGGCCCCCUGUGUACUACAAGUUCAUCGAGAAGUCAGCCGAGGAGCUGGACAACGAGGUAGAGUACGACAUGGAUGAGGAAGACUACGCCUGGCUAGAGAUCAUCAAUGAGAAGCGGAAGGGUGACUGCGUCUCUGCUGUGUCACAGAAUAUGUUUGAGUUCCUGAUGGAUCGCUUCGAGAAGGAGUCCUACUGUGAGAACCAGAAGCAGGGUGAGCAGCAGUCCUUGAUAGAUGAGGACGCUGUUUGCUGCAUCUGCAUGGACGGGGAGUGCCAGAACAGCAACGUUAUACUCUUCUGUGACAUGUGCAACCUGGCUGUGCACCAGGAGUGCUACGGGGUACCCUACAUCCCCGAGGGCCAGUGGCUUUGCCGCCACUGCCUGCAGUCUCGGGCCCGCCCUGCGGAUUGCGUGCUGUGCCCGAAUAAGGGCGGUGCCUUCAAAAAGACAGACGAUGACCGCUGGGGCCACGUGGUGUGUGCCCUGUGGAUCCCAGAGGUUGGCUUUGCCAACACGGUAUUCAUUGAGCCCAUUGACGGUGUGAGGAACAUCCCUCCUGCCCGGUGGAAACUGACAUGCUACCUCUGUAAGCAGAAAGGCGUGGGUGCCUGCAUUCAGUGCCACAAAGCAAAUUGCUACACAGCAUUCCAUGUGACAUGUGCCCAGAAGGCUGGCCUGUACAUGAAGAUGGAGCCUGUGAAGGAGCUGACUGGAGGCAGUGCCACGUUCUCUGUCAGAAAGACUGCUUACUGUGAUGUCCACACGCCUCCAGGCUGUACCCGGAGGCCGUUGAACAUUUAUGGAGAUGUUGAAAUGAAAAAUGGUGUGUGUCGAAAAGAAAGCUCAGUCAAAACGGUCAGGUCUACGUCCAAGGUCAGGAAAAAAGCAAAAAAGGCUAAGAAAACACUGGCUGAGCCCUGUGCGGUCCUGCCGACCGUCUGCGCUCCGUAUAUCCCCCCUCAGAGAUUAAAUAGGAUUGCGAAUCAGGUGGCCAUUCAGCGGAAGAAGCAGUUUGUGGAGCGAGCCCACAGCUACUGGUUGCUCAAAAGGCUGUCUAGGAAUGGUGCUCCCCUGUUGCGGCGGCUCCAGUCCAGCCUGCAGUCCCAGAGAAACACGCAGCAGAGAGAAAAUGAUGAAGAGAUGAAAGCUGCCAAAGAGAAGCUAAAGUACUGGCAGCGGCUGCGACAUGACUUAGAGCGUGCACGCCUGCUAAUCGAGCUGCUGCGCAAGCGGGAGAAACUCAAGAGAGAGCAGGUGAAGGUGGAGCAGAUGGCUAUGGAGCUCCGGCUGACACCGCUGACUGUGCUGCUACGCUCAGUCCUGGAGCAGCUACAGGAGAAGGACCCUGCAAAGAUCUUUGCCCAGCCCGUGAGUCUCAAGGAGGUACCAGAUUAUUUGGAUCACAUUAAACACCCCAUGGACUUUGCUACAAUGAGGAAACGGCUAGAAGCUCAAGGGUAUAAAAACCUCCAUGCCUUUGAGGAGGAUUUUAAUCUCAUUGUAGAUAACUGCAUGAAGUACAAUGCCAAGGACACCGUGUUUUAUAGAGCUGCAGUGAGGCUGCGAGACCAGGGAGGGGUUGUCCUGAGGCAGGCCCGGCGAGAGGUGGAGAGCAUUGGCCUGGAAGAGGCCUCGGGAAUGCACCUGCCUGAGCGACCCAUCGCAGCCCCUCGGCGGCCCUUCUCCUGGGAAGAGGUGGACAGGUUGCUGGACCCAGCCAACAGGGCCCACAUGAGCUUGGAGGAGCAGCUGAGAGAACUUCUGGACAAGUUGGACCUGACCUGCUCCAUGAAGUCCAGCGGCUCACGGAGUAAACGGGCAAAGCUGCUUAAAAAAGAGAUUGCUCUUCUCCGAAACAAGCUGAGCCAGCAGCACAGCCAGGCUCCACCCACAGGGGCAGGCACGGGAGGCUUUGAAGAUGAGGCUGCUCCACUGGCGCCGGACACAGCGGAGGAAGUCCUUCCGAGGUUGGAGACUCUACUGCAGCCAAGGAAAAGGUCGAGGAGCACAUGUGGAGACUCCGAAGUGGAGGAGGAGUCCCCGGGAAAGCGCCUGGACACAGGUCUCACCAAUGGCUUUGGGGGUGCUAGGAGCGAACAGGAGCCAGGAGGGGGCCCAGGGAGGAAAGCUGCGCCCCGGCGGCGCUGUGCAUCUGAAUCCAGUAUUUGUUCCAGCAACAGCCCACUCUGCGACUCAAGCUUUAGUACACCCAAGUGUGGGCGAGGGAAACCUGCCCUUGUGCGAAGGCACACGCUAGAAGACCGAAGUGAGCUGAUAUCUUGUAUUGAAAAUGGAAACUACGCCAAGGCGGCCAGGAUUGCAGCUGAGGUGGGCCAGAGCAGCAUGUGGAUUUCCACUGACGCUGCUGCCUCUGUCCUGGAGCCCCUGAAGGUGGUAUGGGCCAAGUGCAGCGGCUACCCCUCCUACCCAGCACUGAUUAUUGACCCCAAGAUGCCACGAGUGCCUGGCCACCACAAUGGCGUCACCAUCCCUGCCCCGCCGCUGGAUGUGCUGAAGAUCGGUGAACACAUGCAGACCAAGUCCGAGGAGAAGCUCUUCCUUGUUCUGUUUUUCGACAAUAAGAGGAGUUGGCAGUGGCUUCCCAAGUCCAAGAUGGUCCCUCUUGGUGUCGACGAGACCAUUGACAAGCUGAAAAUGAUGGAAGGGAGGAACUCUAGCAUCCGGAAGGCUGUGCGGAUUGCAUUUGAUCGAGCCAUGAAUCAUCUGAGCCGGGUCCAUGGGGAGCCAGCCAGUGACCUCAGUGACAUUGACUAAGGUGGUUUCCAGCAAAAGGCAGUGGCCAAAGCCUCAGCCAGCCGGGAGCUCUGUCCAUAGUGUUGAUAAGCUGUACAUGUUUGUAUAUUGUUCAGAACUUAACUUAUUCUGAUUUUCUAGGCGUAGUUCUUUAAUUCUUUUUCCCCUGGGGAGGGGAGGUUUCACUUCCAAGUUUUCUAUGAAACCAUCUGGUCUUGGCUUUGCAAGUGAGGAGGGUCUGUUGCGAGCAGUGUGGUGUUGGGGUCCCACUGCAGGUGCCGAGGGCCGAGGCCUCACUUAUUCUAAUCUGUAGGGUUUUUUUUUUUUUUAAAGACUUUUGAAUGUUUAAUAAUUUUGUAGAUCAUGCUCUUUACACAGAGUACCGCUUAUUUAAUAAGACGGGAUGUAAAUUUACAAUGACAAAUGUGUAUUUUAAGAAAGAAAAUGACAUUAUUUUGAAUGGUACUUUGUGCAAAGAGGGAAUAAAUUUAUGCUGUGUGCAUCACUUGCAAAUCACCAAAAAAUGUCCCGCCAGCUGCUGCCGGACAGGGCCCGUUCUCCUCGUUGAUCUGACUGCCCUGAGUCUCCUGCUCUGCCCUGGCUCCUGCAGGCGUGCCUCCCAGCGGGUUAUUUAUUGUAGAAAGUGUACUCAUUUGCUUUAUAAUGAAAAAUAAAUUUGCAAAGGUAUAUUGAUAUGCAUUUUUAUACAGGCACAUAAAAAUUCAACUUGGUGUGGGAGCAGAAUGUGUUGCGAGGUUAUAUACAUGACUGGCCUGUGUGUACUUUGAUUUUGUAACUUGUAAUCUUUUGUUUACAAUGAGGAGCUUUCUGUAACUUGUUUUCAUUUAGAACACUUUGGUAGCAAUAGACUUUGGAUACAUUUUGUAUGGUACAUGUGAUGUAUAUAGAAUUAGUCCUUUAUUUUUAUUUCUAAGAGGUAAAGCAUUAUGUUAGGGGAAAGGCAGGGUGGGUUUCCAAAUUUGCAUUUUUAUAUUAAAAAUAAAGUGAAGAUUUGGACAGUGUGGCCCUCUCAUUCCUGCAUCACUAGGAGGCUGGGUGAGCUGUAGCCUGAGGGACGCGAGGGACGCGGGAGCACCGGGGCCUGGAGUGGGUGGUGUGACACACUUGAUCUAACAGAUGACUUGGGAUGGCAUUAUUUAUUAUUUUGCCUAAUCAUAUUUUUAUUUUAAAGCUAAAUAGUUACUAAAAAUUUUAAAUGUUCUUUUAAAUCUACAUGUUUGUAAUAUCUCCAUAGAAACUUGAAAAUAAAAAGUCUUCCUUUGGUA